AUGACUGCAGUUCUCCCGUCAAGGAGAAUCGGUUUUGAGAAAGAGCUCUCAUCCAAGCGCCGAGGACGUUGGCUACACUUUCGUCUACCUCAUGAUUGCGAACAGGUAGUUGAGUACUUUUUGGAAAGAGGGUCGAAUGUGGACUCUAAAGAUAAGCUUGGUCGGACUUUGCUGCACCAUGCAUCAUUCUACAACUGUAUAGGCACAGUGCGGCUAUUCCUCGAGAGAGGAGCUAACCCCAUAGUACAAGAUGUUUUUGGCCAAACUCCACUUCACGUGGCUCUCUUCAGAAAUGGCAAGACGGGGAUAUUUGACAUCCUUCUUGAAGCCGGCGCUGAUCCCAAUAUCAAGGAUAACAAUGAUGAAACGAUCUUGCAUGCCGCUGCAAGAACCGGUUUCUAUCAAGGUAUCAAUGACAUGAUCAAAUAUUCCUCGGUUGAUUUGAAAGCAAGAAAUCAUGAGGGUAACACAGCAUUGCACUUGGCAGUGUGGGCAGCUGAUCGGGUUUUCAAUUAUAAAUUCGACACUAUCAUGGCUUUGUGCAAAGCUGGCUCGGAUCCAUAUAUUAGAAACGACUUUGAUCAAAGUGCAUGGGACAUGGCAAAUGCAUAUGACGAAUACAACGCCUCGUCUGACUUCUCGUGGUUAGUCGAAUAUGUUGAGAGAGCUGGAUUUUAUGAUGCAUUCUGUGACGAGUCAUGCAGCGAUUCUAGAAGAAAAAAGCGGAAGUUUGACUUUGGGGAAGAUUGA